GGCCUGGGUCUUUCUAGUGGUUCACCGCUCGAAAGGCGCGUGGACAAUCGCGGGUCUGUUUUUAUUUCCCCCCCUCAAACACUACUUUUCCAGACCGCUAGAUAAAAAAAAUAUUCAUAGCACUACACUUCAAGGCGAUGGAUAAGGUCCAAGAGAGCAUAGAAGAUUACAAGCAUCAAGGCGGGGGCUGUUUAUCUCUCAUUUCGCUGGAUCUACAAGAACUCCCUCGUGGCUUUGUACCUGAGGUCGCCGCGCUGAACAUAACGACGCUUAAACUCGAUUUUAACGAUCUACAGAGACUACCAGACGAUCUCGGCUCUUUGGCCAGCCUAACAGAGCUGUAUUUAACCGGGAAUCUGCUAACUAGCUUGCCCGAUGUGUUUGCCCGCCUCGGGAAUUUGACGGAGCUUCAUUUGAAUGAGAACAGUCUGGAGGAACUCCCGGAGAGUUUGGGGAAACUUUCAAAACUUCGCGUAUUGAAUCUGACUGGAAACAAGCUUGAGAAGCUCAGGGAUGAUUUUGGCGCUGGAUUAGCUUCUUUAACGGAGCUAAGGAUUGACGAGAACGAUUUAUCUGAAUUAUCUGUUAGUUUUACUCUCAUGAAAAAUUUAAAAGUUCUAGAACUUGGAGAUAACCAUAUUGAAAGGUUGCCUGAAGAUUUCGGGAACUUGAGAAAACUAGAGGUUGUGAAUUUGAGCCAGAAUAACAUUGAAAAACUUCCAGAAUCCUUUGGGUUUUUGUGCUGCCUCAAAAGCUUCGAUAUUACUGGUAAUCAUAUUGAAAAUUUACCUGAAAGAUUUGAAUCAGCUUGUUUUCUGGAACACCUUUAUGCAGAUAAUAACAAUAUCACCUGGCUACCAGAUUGGUUUGGAGAUCUUCCAAACAUAAUCAAUUUGUGCCUGUCGGAUAAUGAGUUGAGUGACAGUGCUCUGCCGGAUCAUUUUGGCUCUAUAUCUGGCAAGACUUUGAGCAGUCUUGAUCUGUCUGGAAAUCGGAUAACCAAGUUACCAGAUUCUAUGGGUGAGCUAAAGGAGUUGAAAACCUUACACUUGGGAAGUACUAUUAAUGAGCUUGAACGCAGGGCAUUCCAGAAUGGUAACUGGUUAUCGCACCUCCCUGAUUCAUUUAGUCAGAUGGCAAACCUUACAAAGCUUCACCUUGACGAAAACCAGGUUGUUUGCCUACCAGACGAUUUUGGUGACCUAGUGAACCUGGAGUGGCUAGAUGUGGGACAGAACCGUAUUGAGAUGCUACCAGAUUCUUUCUGUAAUCUCUCCAAGCUGUGGUUUCUUCAGCUCUCCAAAAACCAUCUGACAGAGUUACCAGAGAAUUUUGGUAACUUGACGUCACUAGUCGAACUUCGUCUGGAUAGUAACCAGUUGUCGUCAUUACCAGCAUCUUUUGCAAACCUCACAAAUGUUAAGACACUUGACUUGUACAGGAAUAAGUUAUCUGAGAUCCCACGAGUGCUUCUGAAGCUAGAGAAUCUGAUGAGGCUAGACUUGGAUGGUAACAAAUUGAAGAUUAAGGCUGACAAAGUGCCUAAACUAACCACAAAGGUGCUCUACCCAGAAAAGGACCCAGCCCUAAAGGAAAACUGGCGAGGCAAAGUCCGUGGAGAUAAGCUUGCUGGGGAGGACUUCAGUCAGAGCAUUGCAGAGCUUCUUGAGAAUCCUGAGGAAGCACAGAGCAAUGGAGGGGAGGAAGAGGAGGAGUGUGAGGAGACAGUGUAUAGUGAGGCAGCACUUGAAAGGGCUAUGAGGCGUGGCUUGUCUAUCUGGAGGUCGCAUACUGGUCCAGGGGAGCGAGAGGCUGACACCGACUCGUCACACGCUAUUGAAGAAUCCUACCUCUCCAGCACCCAUUUUAACUACACCCCGAACUACAUUACCGACAUAUUUGAAGAUGCCAGCGAGGGAAAGGAGUCAACAAAUCACACAGAUGACAUUGCCGCAUCAGGUGAAGACUGGGACCUGGAGAUUGAAGCAAGCUAUAUCAGUAAUCCUAAUGCGCAUGCACCAGCCCCGCCUACUAAGAUGGUGGACAUGUCGGUCAGGAAUCAGCUGAAAUGUCUGAUUUCUAGUUAUCCCCCUGCAAGCCAAGCAUUCACUGCCUCGGCUAAGUAUGACUCUGUUUAUUUGAAUACAGUUGUUGACUGGGGAGGUUUUGGGUGCAGUGGGCGUAGCCAUGGAGAAAGUAGUUGCCAUGGAGAUGGUCAGUUUGAUGAUGUUGAUGAUUAAUGAUGCAUGUGGUUUAGAUUUGACGAAAGAAUGAACUGUUUGCAGAGAAGGUCGUUUUAUUUUUAACAAGAAAAGACAAUAUAACUGUUUGUUUCAUGAUUUAGCAGUCAUCCGUUGCGAUAUAAAUGCAUUGGAAUAAUAAAAUUGUUACUGUCUGAUAAAGUUACGUCAAUAAAGUUAUUAAAUCUU